UUUUUUGCGGGCUUGCAGCCUACCGCCAAUGCAAUAAGCCGAACAUCUGCGGAGGAUUGUGCGCUUAUCCUGCUAUUUCGGCCGCCACUUACACGCAAGCCAAUAUUAGGGUUCAUUACAUAUUCCCGUUGGAAUUCUAUUUCCAUUUGAAUCGCUGGAUUGUUCAUCUCCUGGAAGCAAGUAGCAGAAGAAGGCUGAAAGAGACUCCAUUUAUAAUCUGCGACGUAUCUCUCAUCCACUCCGGUGUUGAUCCAUUGGUCUUUACAUGGCAGGGAAGCAGAAGAGCCAAGAGCCAUGCAAGAAGGAGGCCUGCGAUAUCCAGUCGUGUCUUACAAAGAACAACUUCAACGCUCAAAGGUGCUUGAAAGUCAUUGAAAAGUUGGAGGCGUGUUGUCAGAAUUGCAGCUAUAACUCAACACACUGUGCUUCUUUAUCCGACCUUUUGAAGACUAAAGUCUCAGGAACGUGAUUGGAGAUAUAAGGAGUGACAACCUUCUUUGAAAGCACAAGAUCUCGAUUGAAUGACAAAAAUCUUCAGUAUGUUUAUUUCCACAAUUCAGGAUUGCAGAAUCCCACGAUCAUGCAGUACCGAAUAGCUACAGGCCCUCCCUGGUUAUCAAUUUCAGCAAAAUUUGUUUUGUUUUUUCUGUAUUCUCUAUUUUCUACCUUAAGCAACAUUGUGUCCUCAUUUUUUUUGGAAGAGGUCUGUCUGUAACUUGUGCAGGAAUAUGCGUUGAAACUCAUCAUUGUUUGAACGUUGCCGUUUCAUGGUUCAUGUGGUGAACCUCCUCCAUCCAAAUGCUGUAAUUUCGUGGUUCUUUUCACUAUUUUCAGUCGGGACAACAACCAAACGACUCCUAUCCCCGUCCAAAUGCCAUAGACCUCCUAUAUUCCUCCCUUCCCUUGCUAUCCCACAAUCAUCUCCCCAGUAAAAUUGCUUCGUGAACACCUAGGAGCACUAAAAUGGUUUCACUUGUUUUGAGAGCUCGACAAACCCUAAACCCAAACCAAAAAUUCAUACACAUCCUGACCUUACACCCUUGCAAAAAAAGAAAAAAAGAAAAAC